GGGCGGCAGCCACGGCGGCCACCCUCGGCGACGGCAGUGCCAACCCGUUCGCUCCUUCGACCGAUCAGCUGUUCGAGGCCUUGCUGCGUCGCGCCCCGCAGCAUGGCGAGCGCUUGGCAGCGCUCAAGAAGGAGUUCGAGGACGCUCCGCCGCCAGCUGCCGCCGCCCCAGUCAAGCCCAGCCUCGAGCGUGAGCGAGAGGCACAGCGGCUGGCAGUGGCUGCUCGCAAGGCCGAUGAGUCCCUUGCGAAGGCGAUCGCUCACGAACAGGAGUGCACCGACUGGUUGGCACGGGCUCGGGCUGCUGUGGAGCAGGCUGCGCAAGAUGCAGCUGACGCCAGGCUGGCCCAUGAGCAGCAGUUGGAGCAGGACCUCCAGCGCCUCAAGAGUCGAGAAGGUGCUGCACGUGUUGCCGCUGCCGCCGACCCCAAGCCCAAGCUCAACCUGUCCAGCUUUCUCGACGAGGGCGACGAGCUCGGGCAAUUGUUCGAGUUCGAGGACGGCGAGGCCUUCGACUUCGCCGAUCUGGACCUGGCCAAGGAAGACAUCGAGGCUUGGCAGAAGCACAAGAUUUCGUUGGCACAGGAGAUCAAGCAGGCGAUCAGUGCGGCGAUUGGCCCAGCAGCUGCUCAACUGGGUGCUCGCAGACAGCAGUUCAAGGAGUUCAAGGCGAGGCAGCUGCUGAAGGUAAAGAUCGUGGUGAGGAGCAGCCUGCAGGUGGAGACCAGCCUGCUGCCCCUGCCGCAGGCGAUGGUCAGGCAGCACCUUCUGCUGGGCAGCGCGCCGCGGCCUCGGCAGCAGCCACUGCCGCCGCUGCUGCAGCAGCGCCUCCCUCGCAGCCCCAGGAGGCGGCGGCAGGAUAUUUUGAGCACGCUGAAGCAGCACAAAUGGCAAGGUAUUGUUUCUCCAGCAUACCCCACGACCUACGUGAAGAAGGCAGGUGGCAUUGUUCUGGGUAUCCGUCAACAUCUCUGCUGGUCUUCUUUUCGCCACUUGUCGGACGACCCUGACAACGCGAUCGGCUUAGUUGACGUCAGCAGCAAGCAGAAGUUAUCGGGGCCUUUGUCCUUCAAGGAUGUGGUGGCGGUCGAGUGGAAGAUCGCCAGAGUCCCGCUGCUAGUGAUUGGUGCUUAUUUGACUGUCUCAGUGGGGUUGGAAGCACCCAUCAAUGUCGCAAAGCUUCUCACUAUUUCGGCGCUGUUGGACAAUCAUGCUGGGCCUUGGAUCAUCAUGGGAGAUUUCAGCGCUACUCCCCUGGAGAUGGCCAUUUGGAUUCGUAAGUGGAAUGGACAUUUUUACCACCCACCUGGCAUCACCCACACGUCCACGAGGGGCAAGGGGCAGCGACUUAUCGACUAUGCUGUGGCCUCUCAGGAUUUUUCUACGCUUUUUCAUGAUGCGAUCCAGCUGGAUGCUGAGGGUGGUGACCACUACGGCAUGAUUUUGGAGUUGAAUGUUUCUGCACAACAGUCUGCACGUCGAGUCUUGGACUUACCGAAGAUGUUCCUGCCACCGCUGCCCACCAAGUUAAAGGCUGACCCCAACAGCAAACGGUCGAGGAAGAAAUUGGAGUUGGAGCGGCGACGGCAGCAGCGAGCUCUGGACCACCCGGAGGAUCUCGAGCAAGAACUUCCUGAACCCGAGUCUGAAGACGAGGAGUUCUUGGCGCAACCUCAGCAGGCCAGCACGUGCACGAAAUACCCAGAGGAGGCUCGCAAGUUUCUACAUCGAGAUUUUUUCGACUUCGACUCCGAGGCGCUUCAGCAGAUGUGGCAGUCGCAUAUUUAUGACCACAAGGCUUCCGAGGUCAAGCCUGUAGCUCAGGACUGCCACCCAGCCAAGCAUUUAGAGUGGAUGGUUGAAGAUCUGGAUAAGCUUUGGACCACCAUUGACAACAACACUCUCCAGCACUGUGAGUGGGCCCUACCGCCAGAUUGGAUACAAGACAGCCUCUCGUAUAAGUAUGAUCCCGAGACUGCCAUCGAGCUGGGAUCAGACUACG